AUGAAGAUCAAGACCUCGACCAUUGCCGCUGCCGUCCUCUCCGCCCUCGCCCUUGUCGAGGCGGGCAAAAGCCCCUCAAAGCGCGACAUUGAGGCCUUCGCAAAGGAGCUUGGUAUGUCCGACGCCCAGAUCAAGAGCCUGGACGACAAGUCAUUGAUAUCAAUCAACCUCGCCAACUCCAGCGUAAAGGAUCAGCUCGCCUGCCGUUUCCUCGAUAUCAUCUUCCCCGAUGCCACCGCCAUCCCCAGCGAGGCGGUAACAUACACAUCAAAGAUAUCCAUCAACUGGUCGGUGAGGGCAUGGCUCAAGUCGUCAUGCGUGUUCUCGCCGAGCACCACAGAAAUGACCUCUGUGGGCAUGAAGGUGGUCAACUUCCUUGGAAACAAGUUCGCGAUCCGCAGUGGUGGACACACGCCGGAUCCGGAGAUGGCGAGCAUUGACGAUGGCAUCCUGUUUUCGCUCGAGAACCUAAACAUGGUACAGAUGGAUGAAAGCCUAAGCAUUGCGAGCAUCGGGCCCGGAAACAGGUGGGGAGAUGUGUAUGACAAGCUUGCUCCAAAAGGUUACUUGGUUGUUGGCGGGCGUGUUCCGCCGGUUGGCGCAGGCGGUCUUACUACCGGAGGCGGUCUCUCCUUCUUUUCGGGCACCCACGGUUUCGCCUGUGACAAUGUUCUCAACUAUGAAGUCGUCCUCGGUAACGGCACCAUCACCAACGCCAACGCCCAUACCAACUCCGAUCUGUGGUGGGCCCUCAAAGGUGGUAGCAACAACUUCGGCCUCGUAACUCGCUUUGACCUGAACGCCAUCCCCAAGAAGGAUGGCAUCAUCUGGGGUGGAAACAUUUACUUCUCACCUCUCCAGUCCGAGGCUGUCAUCAAGGCCCUCACCAACUUCCAGGAGACCGGACAAGUCGCCGACCCCAAGGCCGCACUCAUCGGCAACUGGAUCCGUGCCCCCGCAACAUCUCUUACUGAGCUUACAGAUAUCCUCCGCAUCACGGUGUUCCACCAGGACCCCACCAAUGGCAUUCCCGCAUCCCUCCAGCCAUUCUUUGAUCUGAACCCGUUCCUCAGUACCGCCAUGAACCGCACGCUGCUUUCUCUCGCGGAAGAUACGUACGGUCCUGCCGGGAUCGUACCUCCAGCAAGACAGCUGUUCAGGACGCUGACGGUUGGCGCGAAUGAGGAGCUGCUGAAUUAUGCAUAUGCGAAGUUCAACACUUCUUACUCAAUCUUAUUCCCUUCGCUUGCGUCUGUUGCUGUGCUCACACACCAGCCUGUGUCGGAGGCAAUGGCAACUCAUGGCGCGAGGCCGAUGAACGUACCAAAGACAGCCCAGACGUGGUUGAUUGUCAACAUUCAAUGGUCCCUGGAGAUAAGUGAUAAAAGGAUAUUGGAGAUUGCGGAGAACUUCCUGGAUGACGUCAAAGCAAAGUCGGUGGAGAUGGGGCUAGGCGAAGACUUUCUGUACCUCAACGAUGCUGCGAGAGACCAGAAGGUGUUGGAGGGAUAUGGGACAGCGAAUGUGGCAGAGAUGAAGACCAUUUCUGCCAAGUAUGAUCCGGCACAGGUGUUCCAGAAGCAGGUGACGGGGGGUUUCAAACUGAUCAAUGUGUAA